GCCCUCUGCCGCACUUGUCCCACUGCGCGCCCCCUGGAGCGCCGCGCACCCCUGGGACCCUUGCGCGCCCCGGGUGCCCAGCAUAACCCGAGUUUCCCCGCUCACCCUGGAAUCUCAGGACUGCCCCAGGAGCCCCGCGUACCCCUGGACCCUGACGCGGCUCCGGGACCCCCACGCGCUCUAGGACCUCUGCGCGCUCGCAGAAUUCCGGGGCUCGGCCAACCCGGCUGCGCGCCCUGGUGAGGGGCCCCGCCCCAGAGGAUCCCCCUCUUCCAACAGACGGAGCCCCGCCCCAGAGGGACCCCCAGGUCCGACAGGGACAUCCAGCCACGCCCCAGCGGGCUCCCAGCAUCUCGCGCCUGGAGCCCUGUGCUCCAGAAGAUCCUCGGUGCCCAGCUGGGGGCUCCCCGCCCUGCUGAGGGGGCGCUGCCCAAGAGGGUCCCCCGCGUCCCGCGGGCCCCGGCAGGAUGCACGCCGCCCUGGCGGGGCCGCUGCUAGCCGCCCUCCUUGCCACAGCCCGCGCCCGCCCGCAACCCCCCGACGGAGGACAGUGCCGGCCGCCUGGAUCGCAGAGGGACCUGAACUCCUUCCUGUGGACUAUUCGGCGCCAUCCUCCAGCCUACUUGUUUGGCACCAUCCAUGUUCCCUAUACCCGAGUCUGGGACUUCAUCCCUGAUAAUUCCAAAGCAGCCUUCCAGGCCAGCACUCGCGUCUACUUUGAGCUGGAUCUGACAGAUCCCUAUACCAUCUCAGCCCUGGCCAGUUGCCAGCUGCUGCCCCAUGGGGAGAACCUGCAGGAUGUGCUGCCAAGGGAGCUCUACUGGCGCCUGAAGCGCCACCUGGACUAUGUGAAGCUGAUGAUCCCCUCCUGGAUGACACCAGCACAGCGAGGCAAGGGGCUGUAUGCUGACUACCUGUUCAAUGCCAUUGCUGGUAACUGGGAGCGCAAGAGGCCCGUGUGGGUGAUGCUCAUGGUGAACUCCCUCACAGAGACAGAUGUGCGCUCCCGAGGUGUGCCCGUGCUGGACCUCUACCUGGCCCAGCAGGCUGAGAAGAUGAAGAAGAGCACAGGGGCCGUGGAGCGGGUUGAGGAACAGUGUCAUCCUCUCAAUGGGCUCAACUUCUCCCAGGUGCUGUUUGCCCUGAACCAGACUCUGCUGCAGCAUGAAAGUGUGCGGGCCGGGAGCCUGCAGGCACCCUACACCACAGAGGACCUCAUCAAACACUACAACUGCGGGGACCUCAAUGCAGUCAUCUUCAACCAUGACACAUCCCAGCUACCCAACUUCAUCAACACCACCCUCCCACCUCAUGAGCAGGUGACAGCCCAGGAAAUUGACAGCUACUUCCGGCAGGAGCUUAUCUACAAGAGGAAUGAGCGUAUGGGAAAGAGGGUCAUGGCACUGCUGCAGGAAAACCAGGACAAGAUCUGCUUCUUCGCCUUCGGAGCAGGUCACUUUCUGGGGAACAACACUGUCAUCGAUGUCCUAAGACAGGCAGGGCUGGAGGUGGACCACACACCUGCUGGGCAAGCCAUCCACGGUCCUGCUGCUGCUGCUGCUGGGAGCCCAGCUCCCCCUCCUGAGAUCACCUCUCCUGCCAGCCCAGCUCCAGCAACCCCAGCGGCAGUGGCAGUCCCAGAAGCGACCUCAGCGACUCCCACCACCCCUCCCGAGGAGGAAGACCCAGUCCUGUCUCCCCACCUCCUGCUCCCCGACAGCCUAAGCCAGCUAGAGGAGUUCGGAAGGCAGAAGUGGCGGAAGAGACUUAACAAGCACCAGCGGCCAAGGCAGUUCAAUGACCUCUGGGUCCGAAUCGAGGACAGCACUAUGAUCUCGCCACCUCCGCUGCCCCUCCAGCCUACCCCCAGCUCCGAAACCACCAAGCCCUUUGUCAAGUCCUCACACCAGCUCCAGCAGCAGGACCCUGUGGGGCCUCCCAGCAGCUCAGCGCCUACACUGGGCCUCCUCCCUGCCAUCACUGCCUCCGUUGUAGCCCCCUUCCUACUACACAGCCUUGGGCCUUCCUGACCUCGACCACCCUUGCAGAGAAGUCAGAGAAACCACAGGAGUCUGUGGCCGUGUCCACCAUCUGACACCACCUCAGAGGGUGCUAACACCUUCAAGGCAGUUCACACAGGACAGGGACCUUAGGACACUAGAGCUUUAUUGUACUCAAGUUACAUCUUCUUUUUUGUAGAAGGUCUUAAUUUCCCAUAGUGCUAUGGGGCUCUUUUGUAAAAUAUGUGUCCAUAUUAAAAGAGAAAAUGUAUUUAUUCUAUUGAUAAAACUA